AUGCACACGAUUGCAUUUCUGGGCUGCGGUACCAUGGGUACCGCCAUUCUUUCUGGCAUUUUGGAUGCUUGCCAUCAGCAGGAACGAGGCGCCUCGCAAGAAAGCGCGCCGCUCCCGUCUCAAUUCAUCGCGACAGUGGCAAGCGAGGCGUCGCAGCAGAAGCUGACGCGUCAUUUUGAACAGAUGGGAUAUGCCGGCCAAGUCGAGGUCAUGGUGGGCGAUAAUCUGGGCGCGGUGCGCCGCGCAGAUGCCACCAUGAUUUGCGUCAAGCCAUACUUGAUUGAGCAAGUUUUGGGUCAGGACGGAAUGCGCAAUGCACUCGACGGCAAGCUGGUAGCCAGUAUUGCAGCAGGCGUCACGAUUGCACAAAUAAAACACCUCGCACCGAGCGCGAAUGUGGUCCGCGCCAUGCCCAACACUGCAUGCAAGAUACGCGAAGGGAUGACAGCGAUUGCGGGCCCUGAGGGACCCAGCGACCGCGCAUUGCUCACUGCCAUGUUUUCCGCGGUCGGCAAAUGCACCUUUGUGGACGAAAAGCAUCUCGACGUGUGCACAGCCAUGGCAGGCUCAGGCCCUGCAUUUACCAUGGUAUUCAUCGAUGCUAUGGUCGACGGCGGUGUGAUGAUGGGUCUCCCUCGCGCGCAGGCGCUGGAAAUUGCAGCGCAAACCGUGCAAGGCGCGGCGCGUUUGGUUCAAGAGACGGGGCAGCCGCCUGCAGUGCUCAAGGACAAUGUCACCACACCUGGCGGCUGCACCAUUGCCGGUCUGUUGCGCAUGGAAGACGGUGGCGUGCGUGGCACAGUCGCCCGCACGAUCCAGGCCGCUACGGAGCGAGCUGCUGAACUCGGAAAGAAGUAA